UCGGCUUGCGGCGGUGGCACCGCCUCCUCCGCCGCCGUAGUUUCGAACCCACUGGAAAACUCCGGGCUGCAGAUCUCUCCUCCACGAAAUCCGGCCAUUAAAAGAAGGAAGAGCCAGGUGAAGAAGGUGGUGUGCAUUCCGGCGCCGGCGCCGGCGAACAGCCGGUCAAGCAGCGGCGAAGUGGUUCCUUCUGAUCUAUGGGCAUGGAGAAAGUACGGACAAAAGCCCAUCAAAGGAUCCCCAUAUCCAAGAGGUUAUUAUCGGUGCAGCAGCUCCAAGGGCUGCUCUGCCCGAAAACAGGUGGAGCGCAGCCGCACCAACCCCAACAUGCUUGUCAUCACCUACACCUCGGAGCACAACCACCCAUGGCCAACUCAACGCAACGCUCUCGCUGGCUCCACUCGCUCCCACUCCUCAAGAAACCCCGCCCUUGCCCAUAAAACAAGCCCGAAACACGAGCACAACAACGACAAUCUAACCUCCCCAUUAACGGGGGCCGUAAAGGGGGAGGAGGUGGAAGAAGACCAGACAACAGAGAAAGCAGCAACAACAGCACCAACAACAAUAGAUAAUGAUCAUCAAGAUCGGGAGGGAGAUCGUCAUCAUCAAGAGUUCCCCUAUGACCUAAUUUUUGCAGAUUUUGCCGAUCAAAUGAACGGGCACGAUAAUCGUUGUCGUCACGAUCAUCAUCAUCAUGAUCCAGCAGACCUUCUGAAUAAUGUGCUACUUUUCGGUAGCCAAGGAAGUAAAGAUCCAUUUUUGGAGCUCUAUGAUUGGGCAGAGAACAAUAACAACCAGCAGAUUGGGAAUUAUUCUUCAAAUGCCAAUAACUUGUUCAAAGAAGCCAAUGGAGGCUAAUGAUUGGGUAAUUUUCACACCACACUUCAAAGACCUAUACAAAACAAUAUAUAAUUUACAUAUAUACAUGGCAGCGCCUAGGCCUAGCUCUAAUUAUUUGCUUUUAUAAGUUAGUGUUUUUCCUUUUUCUUUUUCUUUCUUUCUUGGGGUGAUUUUUAGUUUAUUGAAAAUUGUUCAAUCUUUCCAUUAAUUAUUUCUCUAGGGUAUUGUGGAACAUGUAAAUCAUACCCCUACCCUUUUAAUUGUGGGUAAUGAAUGGUUUUAAAUUUUUGUAA